AUGUCGAGCCCAGACCCCGAGGUCACCCGUGAAAACAUCGCCGAGAUCCUCCAGCAUGACACCAAGGUGAAGGUGGCUGGUGUAGAUGUUGAUGGCAUCUUGCGCGGGAAGCUCAUGAAGAAGAACAAAUUCCUUUCCAUUUUGACUGAAGGUUUUGGGUUCUGCUCCGUGAUCUUUGGAUGGGAUCAACACGACGCAACAUACUUCAAAGAGCUGGCCAUUAGCAACAAGGAGAAUGGAUACCGGGAUCUCGUCGCCGUCCCUGACCUGCGCAGUUUCCGUCGCAUUCCAUGGGAGAACAAUGUCCCCUUCUUCCUGAUAAGCUUCCUCGAUCCUGAUACUCGGGAGCCCGUGUGUGCUUGUCCUCGGGGUUUGCUGAAGACGGCUGCUGCCAAAGCCGAGGCGGCGGGUUACCGGGCCAUGGCCGGUGCCGAAUAUGAGUUCUACCAGUUCCGUGCACCGGGCCCUCACCCUACCCCUGAACAGGGUGCCUCUGCAACUGCAGCCUUCCUCCAGACACAUCCCGCCGAUGCCUUGCCUCCAAUAACAGAGGGCAUGUUUGGGUACUCGAUCACCCGUCCUCUCCACAACCAAGAUUAUUAUUAUGGCAUCUUUGACGCCUGCGAGCAGUUCCGGUGCGAUAUUGAGGGAUGGCAUACUGAGAGUGGACCGGGCGUCUUCGAAGCCGCAUUACAAUUUGGCGAAGCAAAGGACAUGGCGGACAAGGCUGGGCUGUUCAAAUACGUUGUCAAAUCGUUCGGAAUCAAACAUGGCAUCACGCCUUGUUUCAUGGCCAAACCCCGACAGGGCUUGCCUGGAAACAGCGGACACAUGCACAUUUCGCUCGUGAACACCGACGGAAAGAAUGCCUUCAUUCGUGAUACUCCUGACCCGUCUCCUGCUUACCCCGACAUUGCUCACCUCUCCGACCUCGGUCGCCAUUUCCUGGCUGGUCUGCUGGUCGGCCUCCCCGAUAUCAUGCCGCUCCUCGCCCCGACUAUCAACUCUUACAAGCGACUGGUGGAGAACUUUUGGGCUCCUGUCACAGUCUCCUGGGGACUGGAGCAUCGGGCCGCGUCGAUCCGUCUUAUCACCCCACCGACCGCCAGCCCCAAGGCGACGCGGUUCGAAGUGCGCGUUCCUGGCGCUGAUGCCAACCCGCACUUUGUCCUCGCAGCCAUCCUGGCGCUGGGGUGGCGCGGAGUUGAGCAGAAACUCGAGAUCCCCGUGCCGCCCCUCUCCCGCGGCGAGGACAUGGGUGGUGCCAGCGACCAGGGCGUGCGCCUGGCCAAGUCGUUGAAGGAAGCUAUUGUUACAUUCAGUCGGCCGGAGAGCGUCGCACGUGAAGUUUUUGGAGAUUCAUUCGUGGAGCACUUUGCUGGUACUCGGGAACAUGAAGUGCGCUUGUGGGAAGAGGCAGUGACUGAUUGGGAAAUGAAGCGAUACAUUGAGACCGUUUGA